GGUUCGAGGCUUUCUACCAACAUACGGGCUAUCUACUUAUGGCUGAGGCUGGCGAUAGCGACGACUUAGAAGGUGGGGACAAGGGUGGCGUCGAGGUUCCCGACACGUUGCUGCAACUGUUGGCUGAAAGGAUGGGUCUUCUCAGCACGAAAGACGAAGCUCCACCAGAGCAGUUGCUCGACGAAGUCUCACUGCAAGGAAUAGCUACCUACAUCAAAUCAAAAUGCACGAACUUGAUAGUGAUGACUGGAGCUGGCAUUUCAACAGCUGCUGGUAUACCAGACUUCAGAUCUCCGGGCACUGGCUUGUACGACAAUUUGCAGAAAUAUGAGCUGCCUUCGCCUCAAAGUGUAUUUGAUAUUUCAUACUUCAAGACAAAUCCCGAACCAUUUUACAUGUUGGCUAAAGAAUUGUAUCCAUCGAAUUUUAUACCUACGAAGUGCCACUACUUUAUCCGUCUUUUGGCUGAAAAGGGUAAACUACUGAGACAUUACACACAGAAUGUUGAUACAUUAGAGCGCGUUGCCGGUAUUCCCGACGAGAAACUCGUUGAAGCACACGGAUCAUUCAACCUCGGCCAUUGCAUCGAAUGUCACAAAGAAUUCACUCAAGAGUGGAUAAAAGAUAAAGUUUUUGCUGAUGAAAUUCCCCAUUGUGAUUCUUGCAAUGCCUUAGUGAAACCUGACAUAGUAUUUUUUGGAGAAGCCUUGCCGGAUCGUUUUGCAUCACUGACGGCACAGGAUUUACCGAGGUGUGAUAUGUUGAUAGUCAUAGGAACAUCUCUAACAGUGCAGCCUUUUGCUUCGCUUGCUGGACGAGUACCUAAAACGACUCCUCGUCUUUUAAUCAAUCGGGACAAAGCUGGCGAGACGGAUCCAUUGAUGGUCAUGUUGGGCAUGGGAUCUGGCUUCAACUUCAGUAGCGAAGGCAACUAUAGGGAUGUAUUUCAAGAAGGUGAUUGCGAUGAUGGUUGUGUUGCCCUUGCUGAACUACUCGGCUGGAAAGAUGAGUUACUUUCAUUGGUUGAUCGCGAACAUGCUAAGCUGCCUGCCAGUACCAAAGGUGAUACAAAAAGCUCGGCAGACGAGGCAACAUCGAGCACAGAUCAGAAAAAUGAAUUAGAGACUGAUAGCAAGAUGUGAAGGCACGAUAAGGUAAAUCAAAUUUUGUGAAGGUUUGAUAUUGUUGAACAAGAUGGGCUUAAUGUGUUUUGCUAACGUUGUUUUACAAAACCUUUAGCCGAGUAUUGAAAAUGCUUGAUAUGUAUGUGUACUUAGAAAGUAUUUUGUAGUAAUGUUGUUAAGCUGGUCACGUGAUGGAGUUGUAUGUAAUGCCAUUGUUUCUGAUUUCGAUUAUGCUUGUUCUAGUGUGGCAUUUAAUGUUAAUGGAUACAGUGCUGCGAGUUUCUAUUAGCUAUUUUGUUGUCAUGUUUUAUGAAAAUUGCAGG